AUGAGCAGCUCGGAAGAAGUUUCCUGGAUCACAUGGUUUUGCGGUCUUCGAGGAAACGAAUUCUUUUGUGAGGUGGACGAGGAAUAUAUCCAGGAUAAAUUCAAUUUAACUGGCCUGAACGAGCAAGUCCCGCAUUAUCGUCAGGCUUUGGAUAUGAUUCUGGACCUGGAGCCCGAUGAUGAUUUCGAGGACAAUCCAAAUCAGUCAGAUUUGGUGGAGCAGGCCGCAGAAAUGCUGUAUGGUUUGAUUCAUGCUCGAUACAUUUUAACAAAUCGUGGUAUCCAACAAAUGAUUGAUAAAUGGCACGAUCGUGAUUUCGGCGUUUGUCCGCGUGUUUAUUGCGAAAAUCAACCAAUGCUACCCAUAGGUCUGUCCGAUGUGCCAGGAGAAGCGAUGGUAAAACUCUACUGCCCUCGCUGCUGUGAUGUUUAUGUACCGAAAUCAUCGAAACACCAAAACACUGAUGGCUCUUACUUUGGCACCGGGUUCCCGCAUAUGCUUUUCUUCGUGCAUCCGGAGGAGCGACCAAAACGGCCGGCAACUAGCUUUGUUCCACGAUUAUAUGGUUUCAAGAUCCAUCCGUCGGCAUACACGCUUCAAUAUCAGCAGUCGCAGAAUAAUGGGGGUACUAGCAAUGGUUCGCCCACUGUUAACAUGUCACCGUUCACCGCGAAGUGA